AACCUUGCUACUGGUGGAACGAGGUCGCUUUAUUUAAUACCUGCAAACACGUCCAGGCGUUUCGGGUCUGUGUGCUCGGUCUCUCAGCUCAGCUAGCAAACAGACAGCGGCUGGAUGAGCGAUUGACUUCUCGCAAGGAGGCCCUUCCGUGAACCAUUCAGGGCAGCGUGUGUGGUAGAUUCGGGGAUUUGGCAGGCAGGUGUUUAGGAAUCCGUCCACUUUCGGCGACGAUGAGAAUUCAAGGCCGGUAGAAAGAGCAAACGAGCCCGCUUUAUGCCCAGCCCAGCUGGUCGAAUCAGCCGUUGACGUGCCUGGACAUAACUGGGCCUUUGGUCCUCGUCUUGGGCCUGUGCAUUUAUUCUUUGACACGCACGGUUCGUUCAGGCGACAAUCCAGCAGAACAAUCAAAGCCGGCGAGCAGCGCAACGUCUCUUCGCUAGGUGAAGGCGGUGCGGGGGAGGCCCAAACAAGAAGCUUGGGACCGAGGCACGCGAGGAGAGCGAGCGUGAUAGUUCUUGAGCGCGAUGGAAGGCCGAUUCGCGUGCAUGUGAACCACAUUGACGACGAGAAGGGCGCCGUCCAGCGAGAGGAGGUGGGAGGACACCAUGGGAUCCACCAAGCCCAAAGGCCCCAGUUCCAGAGGCAAUGGCAAGAGCUCCAUUAAAACCCGCUCCUCUCAAGGCAGUGGCUCGCGAUCCGGGUUCCGCAGCUGGCCUGUUUACCUCUACGUUCCGAACCUUAUUGGAUAUGCGAGAGUUCUUGCAAAUAUCUGGGCCUUCGUGGUCUGCUUCACGAACAAAUCCUUGUUCGCGGUCCUCUACCUUGUCAGCUUUGUUUGCGAUGAAUUAGAUGGGCGAUUUGCUCGUAUGCUCAACCAAACUUCUACCUUCGGGGCUGUGCUAGAUAUGGUCACGGACAGGGUGAGCACGGCUAGUUUACUGGUGGUCCUCUCACAUAUCUACAAGGGUUCAUAUUUACUAUUCCUUGGCCUCCUCGUUCUGGAUAUAUCCAGUCACUGGCUUCAAAUGUAUAGUACAUUCCUUUCGAGCAAGACAAGUCACAAGGACAUGUCAGACAGCAGAAGUUGGAUACUGCGGACGUAUUAUCAACAGCGAAUUUUUAUGGGGUAUUGCGCUGUGGGUGCUGAAGUUCUGUAUGUCGUGCUCUUUCUUUUACCCAAUUCGACAGGAAACCUAGUGGAGGCAGUGAGACUUGCCUUCGAGGAGAAAUCAGUUCUUUUCUUUUUUGGCCUCAUAGCCGCACCUGGUUGUGCUAUCAAGCAGUGGGUUAAUCUUGUUCAGAUGAAGACAGCCGCGGAUAUAACUGUGCUGUACGAUAUUCAACAGGAUGCUAAAAAGGACCUCAGCGAAUAGAAAAUUCGGAAACGGCAAGGUAUAGCGGUGAAUGGAAGAUUUUAAAUUUCUUCGGCUUCUCUCAUUCUGUUCCCUUCUCCUCGUAGUAGUCCAAUGCUAGUCAGGCAUGUGUUUCAUUGUACCCGACGACGAGUCUAUCUCAUCAUCUGCCAUUUAAAAAAAUCCCCGCUUUAGGAUAUGGUGUAAUUAAGGGAAAGGAAUUGAUGUAGGCCUGUAUCCUAAAGCCCGACUAUGCAGAGAAAAAUCUUUGUAGUGUUAAAACUCCCCUUAGUUCGGCUUCUUCCAAAAGUUGCAUUUUGCCUCGUGAGUCGAUCUUGUAAGCUAUUUGCCAAAUUACAACCUUUGGAUAUCUACACCUACAGGGAAGUUCAUCCUGUUCUGUGAAGCUAUAUCUUGUAUGAAGACGGUUCUUUCCAAAGC